CCCUUCUCCAUCCCUCAUAAACAAACUCACUCGCCUCCUCUUCAAAAAGGAGCAAUAAUCACAAGGAAGUGCUGCUGACAAAGGUACUAUUUUUAGUUAUGCAGGACCAGCUGAAUACCCCCCUGUCCACAGCAACGUCGUCAUCACCAAGAACCCAAUUCUACCAGGGGGAAGCAACCAGCCACAACCAGCCAAUAUCUCUAAAAUGCCCAUUAAGCUGCGCGGUGCUGCAUCUUUUCUCCUCUUUUAACCCUUACUUUAAAGGGCAAUUAAGUCGCAUUAUAUCCCCAUCGCAACUGCCUUCUCUAUACUUUUACUUUUUUCGCGGUCGCUCCUUCUCAAAAGUGUUUAUUUAGCACUGACAAGCGCGGUUGCUGGGUCACAUUGGUGUCAGUCACCCUCGACCCUUCCCUUUGCGACGUAAACAAACCGGCGGAGCAAGCAAGCUGACCACAACUCCAGCCUCGUUGUCCUGUGCCAACACUCUGACUCGUCCGCAUCAGCACGUACCAAGAGAGCUGAUUGAGCUUGGCGGACAUCUAUUUCUGUUAUAAUAAUUCGACUCCGCAAGUUCUCGUAACCAACGUUCCGGAGGAACAGUUCUCGCAACCAUGAGCCACCCACUCAAAGCCAAUCAAGAUGACGGCAAAGACAACAAUCGGGGUGCAUCUUCCAGCAGAUGGCGCCAUCAAGAAUCUUCCAGGUAUGCCCGACAUGCCGCCGGCAUGGUUGGCAACCCGCCGAACAGCGAGAUCCGCCCCGCUAACGAGCACACCGGCACGAGCGACCUCGCGAACUUCCUGAACACCACACGCAUGGAGGGCACAGGCCAACCUCUCGCUGAGGCGAGUGGUCAAGCGCCGCCGCCGGUGGGGGGUAGGCCGUACCGGCCCAUCGCGGCCGACAGGCAGUUUGACGGUGCGAACGAGCCCGUGGCUACGGCCAAUGCACCAUCGCCUGUUGGACUUGGUGGUGCCGCCCAGUCCACUACCGGACAAGCCCAGGUGUAUGCGGAAUUUGUUGACGGGAAGGAGGUUCGCUGCGGACCUCUGUUGAACUAUAGACGCAUGGAGGGUAACAUAUGGUAUGGAAGUGUCCUCAUAGUUGUUCAGGGAGGCAUUACCGAGCCAGCGCACGAGGCAUGGAUUCCCGAGCUUCUGCUCAAGAAGCUCGCGCCGAGAAGACGACCAGAAGAAUUGGUGGGACCGGUAGGCCACAUCUAUGCAUCGGCACAUGGCCCGGUCACAGAAUACGACACUGCCGUUGAUGCCAGCAUCAAUGGAGAGCUGCUCUACUCCGAUCUGCGUAACAGAUUCUGGAGAUUCAACCUUGCUCUCGAAAUGGAGGAGCUCGAGGCAGAGUGGGCCUACCAGAUUCCAUUGCUGCGAUUCCCGAGCGAUGGAAAGACUGAUCACCAGAGCUUUUGGGUGCCCUCGAUCAAUGAGUCCAUGCGCAUCAUGUUCCAUUCCUGCAAUGGUUUCUCGGUUGGGACGGAUGAGGCUGCUUGGAGUGGCCCGGCGUUAUGGAACGAUGUGCAGAGAGUACAUGGCCAAACGCCUUUCCAUGUCAUGAUCGGUGGAGGUGAUCAGAUUUACAACGACGGCAUCAGAAUCCACGGGCCAUUGCGAGAGUGGACUUCCAUUUCGAACCCGAGAAAGAGGAGAGACUAUCCUUUCCCAGAAACUCUACGCAAGGCGUGUGACGACUUCUAUGCCGACAACUAUAUUAGAUGGUACUCAACAGAACCAUUCGCAGGUUCCAAUGGCCAGAUUCCCCAACUCAACCUUUGGGACGAUCAUGAUAUUAUCGAUGGCUUUGGCAGUUAUGUCAGCGAUUUCAUGCGGUGCGACGUCUUCCGAGGAAUCGGUGGUACUGCUUACAAGUACUACCUACUGUUCCAGCACCACCUUCCCCCCCCCGUCUCAACAUAUACGACCGAUGCGCCUCAAACUAUGAAUAACGACGGUACUGGAGUUGGUGUUGAUCCAGUUCAGAUGAGAGACACCUUCGUGAAGCAGAAUGAGCCGCAGGAUCCCAGCUACGUCAUUGGGCGCCAGGCUGGGCCAUAUGUCGCCGAGCACUCGAGAAACAUCAUUAGUAGACUUGGAGCAAGAAUCGCCUUCUUUGGAUUGGAUGCUAGAACUGAACGUACUAGACAUCAAGUCAACUAUCCAGAAACUUACCAGUUGAUUUUUGAUAGAAUCUCGAGCGAACUCGCAGCAGCAGCAGCUUCUGAGAAGCCCAUUAAGCACUUGGUUGUUCUUCUGGGAAUCCCCAUUGCAUAUCCUCGCCUAACAUGGGUGGAGAACGUCCUCUCAAGCCCUCUCAUGGCUCCCAUCAAAUUCCUUAACAAGCGUUUCGGCAUAGGUGGAGGCUUCAUCAACAAGUUUGAUGGCUCUGUCGAUCUUGUUGAUGACUUGGACGAUCAUUACACAGCACGCACUCACAAGGCUGAGCGCCUCCAACUGGUCAAGAUGUUGCAAGACAUCUCUGCCACUUACGGUGUUCGUGUAACGAUUCUCUCCGGCGAUGUGCAUCUUGCCGCCGUUGGCCGCUUCUAUGCAAACCCCAAAUUGGGCAUACCUGUCGAAGAAGACCCACGCUACAUGGCAAACAUUGUGUCUUCUGCCAUUGUCAACAAGCCGCCACCAGCUGCUAUCGCCAAUCUGUUGUCGCAUCAAAAUAAAAUCCACCAUCUCGACAGUGAGACGGAUGAGACUCUAUUGAGCAUAUUUGAUCGCGAGCCAGGACAAGGGCAAAAGAAGUCCGCAUCGAACAAGGUCACGAUGCCCAGCAGAAACUGGACCAUGAUCACCGAGUGCUCAGCCACCACCGCUCGCGUCAACACUGUCCGCAACAGGACAGAGUCUACCCCUCUCCCUAUCCCCCAGAUGGACGGUUCUGUUGACGAUGGGCUACUCGCACCAACUUCGAACACCAUUGCCACGGGCGGCGCAGACCAGAGACCGCAAAGUGCUGCACCAGGUGGGGGAUCUGCAGUCGGUACUACUAGCUCAGGCAAGGUGGACAAGAAGGCAGGGAUGUCUCCCCUUGGCCAAGGAGAGGUCGAGGCUGGAACCACAAACCGCGCUUCGGAUCCCCUGGUUCACGGUUAUUCUGGCGACGGAGCCCUCGACGUGGCCAUCCGUGUCGAGAAGGACCAGCAUGAUCCGUCCGGCCAGACGCAGUCGUACGGCAUGUACAUCCCAACCCUGACCACGGGCAACGCGAUCCCAACCAUCCCCGUGCUUCGCGACUGGGCGACGGCCUUUGGUGGUGGACGCCGCGCGAGAAAUAGCCAGGGGAGCCGCUGGGGAAGCGUUGGUAGCAGGGCUGGGAGCAACGCCGGUAGCAGACCUGCCACUGCCACUUAAUGAGGAUUGAGAGUUGAGAGUUGAAGAGCUUUAGAGCUUUAGAGCUUUAGAGUGGAGGUAUCCGGUAUAUUUAUAUUCUUGAUGGGGAGAGGGAGAGGGCUCCGAGUGUGCGUGCUUUUUGCUUGCUUUUCUUUUUUACUAUACCUAGGGAGACGGUUAUGCACGGGAUGGUGCAGGAAUGAAUGCGCUGGGUAAUGCGGUGGAAAUGGCAAGAGUGCAGAGGGUGUAUUGUAGGUAGUACAGUAUUACGUAUAAUCAUGAUGGUUC